GCUACACAAGCUGCACAGGCCGCACACGCAUCCGUCCUGCUGAAGAUGGACUCCACGUGGACCAGCCCGGUUCUCCUGGUGCCCUGCAUGGUGGUCCUCACAGCCGGAAUGUUCUACGUCUACACAUUGGUGCUGAGUCUGCUGUCUACGCGCUGCGUGCGCAACAAGGUGGUGCUUGUCAGCGACGCUCUGUCCGCACUCGGGAGAGAAUGUUCCAGGGUUUUGCACAAAGAAGGCGCCAGGUUGAUUCUGUGCGGGAACAGCUGGGAGAAACUUCAGCAGCUUUCAGACGACUUGGUGGACGCCUCCGACCCCAGUGUGACGUUCCCUCCCAAGAUGGUGCUGCUGGACUUCGGGGACAUGGAGAACCUCCCUGAGGCCAUGGACCAGAUCCUGGAGUGUUACGGCUGCAUGGACGUCCUUAUCCUCAACAGCAGCAUGAAGUUCAAAGCUCCAGCGCGCACUCUGUCUCUGGAGAUGGACAAGCUGCUGAUGGACAACAACUACUUUGGACCCGUCACGCUGGCUAAAGGUGUGCUGCCCACCAUGAUGUCUCGCAGGUGUGGUCACCUGCUGCUGAUCAACAGUAUCCAAGGAAAACUGACUGUGCCUUUUCGCACCUCCUAUGCCGCCUCCAAGCACGCCGUCCAGGCCUUCUUUGACUGUCUGCGUGCGGAGGUGGAGGAGUUUGGCAUCUCCGUCAGCACCAUAAACGUCACCUUCAUCAGCGGACGUGCGUGUGGACAGCAGACCACCUUGUCCAAGUCCCUCUGGUCACUUUUGUAUACAAAGAAGCAGCAGGGCGUUUCUCCACAAGAGGCCGCCAGAGAGGUGGUCAAGACUUUGACCAACAAGAGGAAAGAAGUGCUGAUGGCGCCCUCACUCCCAAAAGCGGCCAUCUACGCCAGGCCCUUCUUUCCCAACGCCUUCUUCGCCGUCAUGUCAGCAGGCGUGAAGGACGACGCGGUCAAAAUAUAUAAGUGAUUUAUUUGGAAAAUUAAGAAGAAAAUCUUUCAUUUCUAUAAAUGUGAGGCUGACAGGGGAAAUAUGUCUGCUCUCAAUUUCAGGUUUUCUUUAUAAUGUAGCCAUUAUACCAAACACCACAAAUAUAUAAAUAUACUAUUGUCAAAUUAUCAUGUGUGUUUUAUGAAUA